AUGUCUAGUGGAUUUAGAUUUCUUGAUUUAGUGAAGCCAUUUACUUCUUUACUUCCAGAAAUUUUGUCACCAGAUGGACGUAUCCCAUUUCAGCAACGGAUGUUAUGGACGGGUGUAAUUCUUUUAAUUUUUUUGGUUAUGUCACAGGUUCCACUAUAUGGAAUUGCAUCGUCUGAUUCAGCUGAUCCUUUAUUUUGGAUGCGUAUGAUUUUGGCUUCUAAUCGUGGUACACUUAUGGAGCUUGGAAUAUCACCUAUUGUUACAUCAGGAAUGUUUAUUCAGCUUCUUGCAGGGUCACAGUUAAUUGAUGUUAAUCUUGAUUUGAAAUCUGAUCGGGAAUUAUUUCAAACGGCACAGAAACUUUUAGCACUUGUUAUAUCAUUUGGACAAGCAGCAGUUUUCGUUGCAAGCGGUACAUAUGGUCAACCUAGUGAUUUAGGUGCAGGUGUAUGUCUUCUUCUUGUUGUACAACUAGUAGUUGCUGCCAUGAUUGUUAUUCUCUUAGACGAACUCCUUCAAAAAGGAUAUGGUCUUGGAUCAGGUAUUUCUUUAUUUAUUGCAACAAAUAUAUGUGAAGGGAUUAUAUGGAAAGUCUUUAGUCCCACAACAAUUAAUACAGGACGGGGCCCAGAAUUCGAAGGUGCUUUAUUAGCUUUACUGCAUCUUCUUUUUACUUGGAAUAAUAAGACGCGUGCUCUUAAGGAAGCUUUUUAUCGUCAAAAUUUACCAAAUAUUAUGAACCUCCUUGCAACUAUUUUUGUGUUUGCGAUCGUCAUUUACUUGCAAGGGUUUAGAGUUGAAAUACCUAUUAAAUCCAGCAAGCUUAGAGGACAGCAUGGCACAUACGCUAUAAAACUAUUUUAUACAAGCAAUAUUCCAGUCAUGUUGGAAAGUGCGUUAACUUCAAAUAUAUUUAUUGUUUCUCAAAUGCUCUAUCGAAAGUUUCCUGACAAUAUAUUUGUUAAGCUUUUUGGAACAUGGAAAUCAGUUCCAGGAACAAAUCAGAAUCGAGCUGUUUCAGGUCUUGCAUACAUGAUAACUCCUCCAUUAAAUAUUAAAGAAGCACUUCUUGAUCCAAUUCAUACAACUAUUUAUGUCGUAUUUAUUGUUUUUAUUUGUGCUUUGUUUUCUAAACUAUGGAUCGAAGUCUCAGGAAGUGGACCAAGGGAUGUUGCCAAACAACUCAAAGAACAACAAGUCGUUAUUGCAGGCCACCGUGAGAAAAGUAUGUAUAAGGAAUUAAAGCGUGUUGUCCCUACUGCUGCAUGGCUUUCUGGUGCUUGUAUUGGUGCUUUAUCCAUUUUUUCUGAUCUUUUGGGUACUCUUGGCUCAGGAACUGCGAUUCUUUUAUGCACAACAACAAUUUAUAACUAUUUUGAAACAAUGGUUAAAGAGAAUACUGCCAAUGGUAUGAUUGAUAUAUUGAGUUGA